AUGCCACCGAAGAGCUCCCUGAAGAAGGCCAACAGAGCCGCCGCGACGGGCAAGCGCAAGAAGCUGUCCUUUGCCAAGUCGACGGUAAAGGCGGCCGCGGAGGCCAUCCAGACCACGCACAUCAACGCGCCGGUGGGGGCGGCAGCGAGGCAUGCCCCUCCGGCUGCUGUUCUUCGAAAGAAGGGACGGCAAGUCAAGGCGGCCACGAAAACCGCCAGCAGUGCCACGAAGAAACGCAGCGGCAUUGUGAAGGCCAAGUGGGCUAAGAAAGACGAGGCUGCACAACCGGCACCGAGCGACGAGGAAAACUCCAGUGAUGAUGAAGAUGACAUGCUGAACGGCGGCGCGGCUGUCGACUACGAUGCGGAUAACCUUAGCGAAAUAGUGGACAGCUCCGCCCUGGACGACGAGGACGAAGAGAUGGGGGCCGGCAAGCAGGCAUCCUCCCCUGCGCCCCGGCAGCGCGACAGCAACGGCGCCGUCGAACCAUACCGCGCCGUGCGCCUGAGCUUUCUGCCGUCUGAGUUCCAAGAGCCGCAGCUCUGCAAGUUUCUGAGCCAGUUUGGGGCAACGGUGCUGAGCUGCUUCUGCGUUCGUAGUAAGCGCUCCCACCGAUCCCGCGGCAUCGCAUACGUUAAGUUCGACAGGGAAUCCGUCAUACCGCUUGUGGUGGAGGAGUGCAACGGCAUGGCGCUGGGCGGCAUGGCCGUACGCGCGCGCGCCGUCACGAUGCGGCGGCCCAUGCCGUCGCGCCAGAUGGUCAGCCGCCGUCGCGCGCUCGCCUACGCGUACAAAACAAAGGGGACGCCGCUGAAGAAGCACGACGUGCGCCGUAAGAACCCUGUAGGCCUCCUCAUCAAAGCGGUGCGGACCGAGAGAGAGAAUAACAACUACCUCAAGAGCCUCGGCAUCGACUUCGAGACGGACCUCUUCAAGUCUCAGCUAGCCACACUGCCGCCUGGUCUCCUUAAGAAGAAGCGACCUAUGUCGGGGAAGCCGAAGGAUGGCGCUGUGGCGGCAGCUGGUGUGGGGAAGGCAGUCGUAACGACAACCAACGUCACGGCAGCGGUGCCAAUGCCCAGUCUGAACCAAGCGACUAGCAAAGCGUCGUCCCCAAAGGCGCCAGUGAACAAGCCGGCGGCCAAGCGAAGCGUAAGGGCAAAGACUACGUAA